CCGCUGAAACUCAGCGAUAAAUAGCUAAGCUCAAGCAGUUGUAGAAACGUUUCAGAGUUUAGAGAGCGAGAGAGAACUCAGUAGCUUACAUACAUACAUACAUACAUACAUACACACACACAGAUAACUGAUCAGACAGGACGACAAAAAUGUAAUGGUCUGACGCAAACGAUUUUUUUUUCUUCGGAAGGGGUCUUUCAUAUCGAUGCCAUUGGCCGAGGCGCCUGCAGUGUCUCCCACAGGAAAAAGAUGAUCAGGAUGUCAUUGGACAAAGAGACUGUUCUACCGCGUGAUGGGCGGGGCGACGCUGCUGUCCCAGAAGGCCCUGCGUCAGGAGGAGGAGGGAGGGAGGGGGGAGUGGACAGGGUGGGUGGGGUAAUGAUGUCCCCUCACCCUCCCUGUCUGGGACCAACCGGUUUCACCGGAAGUAUGGUUCUAACGGAACAGCCACAUCCCCACGGCCCCAAAACAAGAAGUACACAGCCCCUAAAGACCAAAAACGGCCUCCAGCCCCCCCACAACAACCCCCAGGUCUUCCCUCCAGGACAGCAGCAGCGAAUGGGGAAGCGGCGCUACUCCCUGGGCGGCAGCUUCAAGCACCCGGGCUUCGGGAAGCGUCGUCGCCGCGCCAACAGUGACAUUCAAUCAGACCCUGUCCUUCCCUCCAACUUCCUGUUGGGCGGGAACAUUUUCGACCCGCUGAACCUCAAUUCUUUAUUGGAUGAGGAGGUGAGCCGCGCGCUGAAUGCCGAGACGCCCAAGUCCUCACCCCUACCGGCCCGGGCCAGAGACCCUGUAGAGAUCCUGGUACCGCGUGACAUCACAGACCCCCUGAACCUGAAGAGUGGGGGAGGAGAGGAGGGGGGAGGGGUGCUGGUCUCCCCCAUGAAAAACAGGAAGAGACACCGCAACCGUCACCACGGAGGAGGAGGAGGAGGAGGGGGGGCGCAGCCUGAACCCCCCAUACAGGCUGAAGGGUCAAAGGUAGAAGCUGGGGGUGAUUCAGGGACAGGAGGUGAGAUGUUAGCUCUGUUCCCUGCUAGCGUUAGCGUCAGUGUUACUGGUGAGCUAGCUGCAGUACCGGAGGUUCCCAAAGAGGGCCUCUCUGGAAGCGUAGUACCACAGUCUCCUCUGCCCUACGAACUCAACACCACCAUCAACUGUCGGGAUGAGGUAGUUCCGCCCAUUCUGCCCCGGAGACACACCCACCCGCCACUUGGCUCCACCUCUAAACCCCGUCCCCAAGGCGACGGAGGCCAUCGGCAGCGUAAACGGCGGCGUACCACCUCAACGAGGUCUGACCAUUCGUCGGUUACUCCGACUCCCGCCCUCACCACUGCCCCACCCAACACCUUCCACACCCCCCUGGUGCCAGGGUCAGGCCUCAGAGGUCAGAGGUCAGGGUCAGUGGUGGUAGGUCAGCAGCAGGCCCAGAGCUCCUUCCACCAGAAACCCCAGAAGAAGAAAAACAGGUUCCAGCACGGCAACUACAGCCGUUAUUACGGCUACCACGGUUACUACGGUUACCGUGAUGGGCAGGUGGGGCGGUUUGAGGACCCUCGUCUGGGCCUGCUUCGACCCGAUUGGUUCAGAGGGAAGACGGUGCUGGACAUUGGCUGCAGCACCGGUCACCUGACCCUGGCCAUCGCACGCCACUUUAACCCGACCCACAUCCUGGGUAUUGAUGUAGACGGGCGGCUGGUGCACGCCGCUAGGCAGAACAUUCGCCACUUCCUGUCCGAACGACUCACACAGGACGCCAGGGGUAGGGAGGAGGGGAUGGGGGAGAGAGGGGGAGAGAGUAAACAGAAAGCGGAGACCGCUGAGCAGAGUGAAGGAAGAACACAGAGCGGAACUAAGAUGGCGUCCGGUACGGCUGAGAAGAAGAUGGAGGAGGAGGAGGAGGGUCAGAACGAGGAGUGUAGCGCUCUAGAGGAACUGAAGAGAACCCUGUCGUUGCUGUCGCCCUCGAGUGGCCCCCGGGGUGUAGGUCGCCCUCUCCCUCCGUUCCCCCUCUCCUUCAGGGUGUGUCGGGGUCCCAUCGCUGCUCCCCCCCUCUUCCCCCCCUCCCCCCUGGCCCACGGAACACCUGGAACAUUCCCCAACAACGUCUCCUUCAUAACGGGUGAUUACAUGGAGGACAGAGAACCAUGUCCUCAUGGUGGCGACGUCACCGCAGGAUAUGAUGUCAUCCUGUGUCUGGGUGUGACCAAGUGGGUCCAACUGCACGGUGGCGAUGGGGGCGUGGUCAGAUUGUUCAGACAGAUCUAUACAGACCUCCGACCAGGCGGCAUGCUCCUCCUGGAACCACAACCCUGGAGCUCCUACUGCCGCAGCAAGAACAUCACGGAGACGACGUACAGGAACUACUGCGAUAUCAGACUGAGACCUGACAACUUCUGUUGUUACCUGACCUCUACUGUGGGCUUCACCUGUUACAGACUACUGACUGAUACAGGAUUCCAGAGGCCAAUCUACCUGUUCCACAAAGGCCCCGCCCCCAGGAAGUGACUGGGUCAAGAUCCGACACGUGAGUGCCGAAGCACCGCAGGAAGUGGACCGCUGCCAAGAGCGCUGUCUCCAUGGAAACAACCGCCCAGCUGGUAUGAUUGGUGGACGCUCACCACUACCUGAACUCUGGUGGAACGCGUGAUUGGAUGAGAGGAGCUUCUAAUGACUCAUAACUGAUUGAUCAGUCAGGCAGACUGACAAAACUAUUAAUCAAUGAUUAGUUAGUCAGUCAGAUUGACAGAACUAUUAAGACUGAACUAGAGACUUCUAAACCACACAGUUCACAGCCAGGGGACUCUCCUAUCUCCCUCCCCUCAGUAAACUGUCUACUGAGACGUGGCGUCCUGGUUGAGCCCUCUGCAGAGCCAGUUUCACCCUCUCUGAUUCAACCCCACUGAAUGAACAGGGAGCCUGGAGGAGGAAGUAGAAACUAGAACCACAAGGAGCCAAGCCGGGCCUGAGUGUGUCUCUGCCAGUUCUUCUCCAGCGUGUGUACGAGGAGGCAUGUGAUUAUAUAUAUAUGUGUGUGUGUGUUUCUGUGUGUAUGAGGGAGGGUGUGUGUGUGUGUGUGUGUGUGUGUGUGUGUGUGUGUGUGUGUGUGUGUGUGUGUGUGUGUGUGUGUGUGUGUGUGUGUGUGUGUGUGUGUGUGUGUGUGUGUGUGUGUGUAUGAGGGAGGUUGUGUGUGUGUGUGUGUGUGUGUGUGUGUGUGUGUGUGUGUGUGUGUGUGUGUAAUUAACAAGCUGAUGUUUCUUUAUAAAAGUGUUCUUCCUAGUGUGUGUUCUGAGAGGUGGGACUUCCUCCCUGCCUAAUGAGGUCAUUUCCUUCCAGACUCAUCCAUGUUUUAAACAGUAACCUGCUACAAUAAACGGUCUUCUUCUGA